AUGGGUAGUGAAAAGGAGAAGACAGCCACGGCAGUGGCAGCGCUUCAGUCCAAGGACCAUAAAGCCCUACUCGAUACUAUCGACAAGCUCCGUUCGAAGGGUAUCAGCCAAUAUGUAGACCUGCCACAGAUUGUGGUUUGCGGAGACCAGUCGAGCGGCAAGAGCUCGGUCCUGCAGGCUGUUUCGAACAUGUCCUUCCCAAUGAAGGACAACUUGUGCACCAGAUUCGCUACCGAACUCAUUCUCAGGCACGUUACUGGAGUAAUUGAGACUUGCAAGAUCACCAUUCAACCAGGCAGCGACCGUACAGACGAGGAAAAAUCCCGUCUCAGGGAAUUUCAGAAAACUGACUCCACCAAGGAGAUCGACAUUGGACGUUUGAUCGAGAGCGCUAAGGAGAUCAUGAGACUUGAUGACCAUUCCAAGCGUUUCAGUUCAGAUGUCCUACGCAUCGAAAUCAGCGGGCCAACACAGCCGAACUUGACGAUUGUGGACUUGCCCGGCCUCUUCAGGGCAGGAAACAAGGACCAGACGGCAGACGAUGCAGAGAUUGUCAACAGAAUCGUUCAGUCCUACAUGACCAACUCUCUUAGCAUCAUCCUCGCAGUGGUUUCGGCCAAGAGCGACUUUGCCCUCCAAGAAGUCACACAACUGGCACGGAAGAUUAAUGUUCACGGAGUCAGAACUAUUGGACUUAUCACAAAACCAGACACACUCGACGUUGGUUCUGAUAGUGAGCGAGCCUAUCACGAACUCGCCCAGAACCGUGACGUGCAUUUUCGUCUCGGUUGGCACGUUUUGCGCAAUCGAGACUACAAGUCUCGUGAUUCUACGAAUGGAGAACGAGACCAGGCUGAGGAUUUAUUCUUCUCCCAGGGUGUAUGGGCCGCCGUGGCGAGAAAGAAUAAAGGCGUCACUGCUUUGCGGUCUCGGCUAAGUGAGGUCUUGACCAGUCACAUUCUGGAAGAGCUGCCAGCAUUACUCCAUAGUGUCGAGACCGAGCUCAAAGAAUGCUCUUUUGACCUGGAAAAACUGGGCACCUCAAGAAAUACCAUCUCAGAGCAGCGUAAUUACCUCCUACAAUCCAGCUACCACUUCGCCACGAUAAUCAAAGACUCGAUCACUGGUACCUACAACAACGAAUUCUUUGGUAGUGCUUUUGAGCCCGAAGGCGGCAUGAAAAGGUUUCGGGCAGUGCUUCAGAGUACCCUCGCUGAAUUUGCAGAAGCCAUGCGCGUAGAUGGCCAUGCAAAGCAAGUUGUUGAUAGACAUCGUGAAGGAGGUUCUCGAGAGAUCCUGAGAGCUGAUUACCUCAAGCAGGUACAGAGUCUUAUGAGAGCCUCGAGGGGUUGCGAGCUUCCUGGUACCUUCAACCCAGCCAUCAUCGGAGCUCUCUUCCAACAGCAGUCCAAACCUUGGCAAGGUAUUCUCAGCCGCUAUUCGGAGAAAAUCCUCGACGCCGCCAGCUGCACUAUUGACGCAGUCCUGAGUCAUGUUGUCGAUUUCGAUACCAGAUCCAAGUUGUGGCAGGAACUCAUAGCUCCAGAGUUGGAUCAACUGAAAGAUACUCUGAAUAAGAAAAUGUCAGAAAUUCUUGCCUCACACACCUCAGGACAUCCAAUCACCUAUAACCACUACCUCAUCGAGAAUGUGCAGAGGGCACAAAAUCAGCGGGUUCGUGAGAAGAUGAGAGCGCGUCUACAGCGUUAUAGCGAUGCCAACGGGAUCCUGCAGCAGGGAUUGACAGUUGAUUCGCUAAUCAACAUCCUUGUUGAACGAGACACUGAAGCCGAUAUGGAAAUAUUUGCAAGUUCUAGAGCUACUGAUAUCAUGUUGGCAUAUUACAAGGUCGCGUUGAAAAGGGUCAUAGAUGAUUUUGGUGACCUUGUUAUCGAAGCCUGUCUGGUUUCCAGGCUUCCCGACUUGUUCAGCCCUGGCCGGGUCAGCACUCUAAAUGAUUCUCAGAUUGAGUGCAUUGCAGGAGAGAGCGUAGAGAUCACGGAAGAUCGGGCAGCGUUUUCAGCGAAGAAGAAUGCACUUGAAGAGUGCCUCAGCGAGAUAAGGCGUUUGGUCAAGCUUCAUCAGCACCAUCAGCGUCAGCUCCAGCGUCAAAGUCUUUGGGAGAAAGACACAGGACGUAACACCAAAGCCUCUAGAAAAUCGAUGGGAUCGUUGAAAUCGAAAAGCGAAACAGUGUCGUCCAAAUUAGCGGGUCGGGAUCCUCUUCAAUCACCUUCAGUCAAGAGUAGUCCUGCUGUCAAUCCGACAACUUCAACGGCGAGCUUGUUUCCUGGCAAUAAGCAAUCAUCCUUAACCACCUCCAUUGAUGCUGUUUCCAGUUUGACGACUACCUUAUUUGGUGAUCGUACUUCUAGUACCCAAAAUAAGCCUGCCUUCGGCGCGUCCACGACGGGAACUACAGGCGGUGGUCUUUUCGGCGGCGGCGGCACGACUACAUCGUUUGGCUCGGGCAAUGCAUUCAACGCACCUGCAAACACAGCCCUGGGAGCCCCGGUUGGUGAUGCUCCUGGAACCGCAACCACCGCGUUCUCGCCCACACUGGAAAAAGAGUCUAUCGCUGGUCUUGCCCAGAAUUCGUAUCAGAGCAUUCUCUUCCAGGAGCCCUACAAGAAGUGGUCCGCCGAGGAGCUGCGUCUAGCCGAUUACGCACAAAACCGUCGUUUUGGCAGUGGUUUUGGCCCUACUGGUCAACAGAUUACCUUUUUCGGUGCUGGUAGUUUUGGCACUAAUCCACCACCUUCAGCUUCAGCUGCCAACACACACCCUGCUAACAGCCAGUCAUGUUCGACUCCAAAUGGUUCUGGUGGCUGGACAGGGCGAGGCCAAGGUCGAAAUCCUUGA